AUGGCUCUGCGAGCCACCUUAUCUAUUCUCCAAAUUCAGCGGCAGCAAGCGCUACGGGACAUGCAGGAGCUGGAUAAAAUGAAAAACGCCGCUCUGGGGGACCCCGAGCAAUUCGUCAAAGACCUUCAAGCAGGAAAACUCAGUCGUUCGCCACGGUCUGGCGUAGAUGUCGAUGAGCUGGACCCCGUCGCAGCUGCGGACACAGCAGUAGAUGUGUCCAAGUUUGGACACUUCCCACCUGCUCAAAACAUCGUUCGCACUCCACCGGUAGAGUGGGCUAAGUAUCACAUCGUUGGCGAGCCUUUGGAACGAAUUCACAAGACACAGCAACAAUAUCCAGGCGCUACCGAUGAAUCGCUCGACACCCAAGAUCGCUUUCAGCCUCACACAAUUGCAGCUCCCUACCGUCCAUUUGUGGACACACUAGACCAGGCACGAACUCCGCGGAACCCACGUAAUUCUGAAUCUUGA